CAGAGGCUCCCGUUGCUAUGGAGACGGCUGAGGCCAGUCCCUGCUGCCUGCUAUUUUGCAGGGGAAUAUACUUAACGAAGGUCCAUUUGAAAGAAGAUACACUAAAAUGAAAAUGCGAUACUUUGAUUUGAUAGGACGGAUGGUCUAGGCAUUCUUUGAUGGAAGAGCACCUGUCACUGCAAAUAAAGUUUGGAGAGAUCUCUCCAUGCACAGAACUCUUCUUAUUGAGCGCCUGGAUUGCCUUACCACAGGGACCAACUGAGUAAAAAAUCAUUAAAAAUGGACCCAGAUAGUGAAAAAGAAGUAACAGAGCCUGACAAUGAAGACGCAGAAAGCAGUGAAGAUCUUGAACUUGAAAACAGGAACAACUUUCUUACCAGUGUGCUAACAGGAGAUACUGAGAAACUACGCAAGUGUUUUGAAAUUGUAGAUGAUCCAAACCUCGAGAUAGCAAAUGGAUGGCUAAAUAUACGUGAUGACUUCGGCAGAAAUGCGCUCUUUGCAGCCUCUAUGUUGGGACAUCAUGAAGUUAUUCCUGAGUUGGUGACACGAGGAGCAAGUGUCAAUGAGAAAACCAAUAGAGGUUACACUCCCUUACAUUGUGCUGCUGCCUGGGGGAAAGUAGACAGCCUAAAAACUUUGGUGGCCUUCGGUGCCAAUGUUCGAGAAACUAACUUUAGAGGUGAAAAAGCACGAGAAAUAGCUAAUCGAUAUUCAAAGACUGACUGCAUGGAGUUUUUAGAUUGGGCAGAGGCCAAACUGAUUUUGGAGUUGUAUAUUACUAAUAUUCAGGAAACUGUUGCCGAUCUUGAAAAGUCACAGGGCAAGCUGUCAAAGCAAGAUAAGACUGCUUUUACAAAUGCUUGCCGUACAAAAUUGGAAUGGCUGAGUUCAGUACAGAAUGCGACAGCACAGGAUUUCGAAGACCAAAAGAAGAAUUUGAUGACGACUCUGGAACCAAUCAUUGCCAAACUUACAUCAUCUCCACAGCCCUCAAAAUCCUCUAAACCAUAACAGGAUCUUUACAGUUGGCUUAAUACCACAAUCAAAAUGGAAGAUUUCAGAGUUACUAGAUUUUAGAACUUUUUCAACAUGUACUACUUCAUGUUUUCAGUGUUAUUAUUACAUUUGAUUUGAUUGUUUAAUGUGGGAAAUGUAAUUUUUUUAAUUAGUUAAAUUACAGGAAAUAUUUCUGAUCAAUUAAUUGAUGUUGACAUUAACAAGGCUGAUAUCCACAAACUUACCAAUGUUUAAUAGUUGUACCCAUUUUAUUGUUUUAUGCUUCAAGUGAAAUGAUUAGAAGUACCCUCCAUGUUUCAUUCACACGUGACAUUAAGUUCCGCUCAAGUCAUAGCAACAAUGAAAAUCUGCUUGGUUAAUAUCAGAGCACAAUAAAUUACUAAAUCCAAUUAGCUUAUCAUCAUGCAUCCAUCCAGAGCAACCUAACUCUUCCCCCACUUCUGCUGCACCUAAUUGUGUCAGAGACAGUUCCAUGAUUUUUACCUAAAUCUUAUGCUCAAAGUCUAUUCCAAGCAUUGAUUAAAUUCUCUAAACAACCUCCUACAUGUCUCCUUCAUUACUCAGCAAUCUGAACUUGUCACAAUAUCCAAGGUGUGAUCUGACCAAAGUAAUGUACAAUUUGAAUACAGUAAUAUUCAAGAACAUGUUUCCUACAUAUCUUCCUGUAUACAAUAUUUUCAUACUUUCAUGCAUUAGAUUAGAAACUUAAGGUCACUCCAGAGCAUCUUUUAUUAUGCUACAAUUUUUUUCACCUUCUCCCAGUUUGUCAGUAGUGGCUCUCAUAUGACACUGGUUGCCAUUAAAGUGCACAUCAUCAACAGAUGGAGAUGUUAAUAGCAAUGAAUUAACAACUGCUUCCCAUUAACAGUGGAUUGUACAGUGUUUACUACUGGUGUACCUUGAAACUGCUGCAAAAAAUAAAUAUUGAAACGUGGUACAAAAAGCAUUCUGAUGCCCUUUUUUUCUGAUGUCAUAAGAUGGGUAAUCAAAAUAUAACAUUUGAAGAAUGUCCUGAUAAAUACAGAUAUAACAUCCUUAUGGUAGAAAUAUACCACUAAACAGUCGACUGAUUUUUCUAAGACUAUUGAAACUUUCCAGCAGAAAACCUACUGUGAGAUUUUACAACUGAUUACAAAAAAGUAUUUCCACACAUGAAUCAAUCAUUAUGUCACAGCUUUCUGUGAAUUAUCAUUUUUUGCACUGAAUUUUGUGGUCACUAGCAAAUGAAUGCUUCUCAGCUUUCAAAGCACUUGUUCCUAGCCAUAGACUUUUGAUAGAUUGUUGCACUGGAAGUUCCAGUCAGCCUGCCAUCCUUAAGGUGCUCUGCCCUCUACAGGA